AUGGCGUCAGUGUUGAGAAAUGCAUUGAAAUCAAUCAGAGAAAAAGGAAUUGGAACUUAUUUUAGAGAGCUCAGAGAAGAAGGAUACUUGUCUGCACUUCUGGAUGGAAAUCUUAUGCAAACCAAGAUUCACAACAUAGGGGCAACUCUUGUUGGUGUUGAUAAGAUUGGUAAUAAGUAUUAUCAGAAACUUGGAGACACUCAAUGUGGCAGACAUAGGUGGGUGGAAUAUGCUUCUAAGAAUCGCUACAAUGCUUCUCAAGUCCCGCCAGAAUGGCAUGGUUGGCUUCAUUUUAUAACUGAUCAUACAGGAGACGAGCUGCUCUUGUUGAAGCCGAAGAGAUAUGGAGUUGAACACAAAGAAAACUUCUCUGGGGAGGGGGAUGAGUACAUUUAUCACUCGAAGGGACAUACCCUCAACCCUGGGCAAAGAGACUGGACCAGAUACCAACCCUGGCAACCCAAAAAGGCCUAA